UCUUUUCAUAGGCAUCUGACAGAGCAGGAUUCUUUGGAGGAGAUUUGAGAACCGCUAUUACCUGGUCCUUAAGUCCCAGCCUUGACUAUCAGAGAGCUUACAACCUGUUAGAGAAAUGAAAAGGCAGCAAAUAAUUGUACAAUGUGAUGAGUGUGCUCUGCCUGUAUUUCUCUCCACCUGUAGUGGUGAGUUGUGGAAUAUUGUGGGAAUGUGUCAUCCGUGGUCUUCGUGCUUCCUUUCAGUGAUUUAGAAGAGAAAGUGCCCUUCCUCUAGACUGGUGAAGCUGUGUGACAACCUGGCAAGUGGGAGUCUAUUGUAGCCCCUUCUUGCCUCCUUGGUGAGAGAAUCCCUAUGCAGGAUAUAGUCCGCACAACCAUAUCGUUGCAGGGAAGAAGGAUUGGGAGGACUUCACAAAAUAAUUAAUUCCCGAAUUGUUUCUUGAAGGAAGUAGAAGAAAUCUGCAGGUCCAGUUAAAAUGGAUGGCACUCUGGCCAGAAUGUGGCCAUAGAUUUCUCUGAAGAUGAGUGGCAGUGGCUGAACCUUGCCCAGAGGAGUUUGUACAGGAAGGUGAUGUUGGAGAACUACAGGAACCUCGUUUCAGUGGGUCUCUGCAUUUCCAAACCAGAUAUGAUCUCCCUCCUGGAGCAAGAGAAAGAGCCUUGGGUGGUAACAGGAGACAUGACGAGAGGCCUGUACCCAGACUUGGAGUAUGUGUGGGUGGCCAAGAAAUUAUCUAUGAACCAGAACAUUGAUAAGGAAAAAGUAUCCAAGGCAGUAAUAAUGGAAAGACUUACAAACUAUAACUUUGAACGUUCCACAUUACAGGAAAGCUGGAAAUGUGAAGGCCUGUUUGAGAGGGAACUGGUAAGUCAGAAAGCACAUUUUGGGCAAGAGACUUUGACUCAUAAGGAAGCCCUUACUGAGAAAAGAGACCACUCUAACAAAUCAGAGACGUUUUUUCACCUGAAUAAGCUAUCUUAUAUAAGACAGAUUUUUCCCAAGGGAGAGAAAAUAUAUGAUUUUGAUAUAGAAAAGAAAAGUUUAUCAACACAUUCAAUUGUGAAAAAAUACAAGAAAACCUUUGGAGAAAAAAAACUUUUAAAAUGUAAUGACUGUGAAAAAAUGUUCAGCAGAUUCUCAACCCUUACUCUUCAUCAAAGAAUUCAUACUGGAGAGAAACCCUUUGAAUGUAUCGAGUGUGGGAAGACCUUUAGCCAGAGUGCACAUCUUGCUCAGCACCAGAGGAUACACACAGGAGAAAAACCCUUUGAAUGUACUGAAUGUGGGAAGGCAUUCAACCAGAAUGCUCAUCUUAUCCAGCAUCAGAGAGUUCACACUGGAGAAAAGCCUUAUCAGUGUAAGCAGUGUCAUAAAGCCUUCAGCCAGCUUGCACAUCUUGCUCAGCAUCAGAGGGUUCAUACUGGAGAGAAACCUUACGAAUGUGUUGAAUGUGGGAAGGCAUUUAGUGAUUGCUCAUCCUUAGCUCAUCAUCGAAGGAUCCAUACUGGGAAAAGACCCUAUGAAUGCAUUGACUGUGGGAAGGCCUUCAGGCAGAAUGCUUCUCUUAUCCGUCAUCGGCGAUAUUAUCAUACUGGAGAGAAACCCUUUGAUUGUAUUGAUUGUGGGAAGGCUUUCACUGAUCACAUAGGACUUAUUCAGCAUAAGAGAAUUCAUACUGGAGAGAGACCUUACAGAUGUAACGUGUGUGGGAAGGCUUUUAGCCAUGGCUCAUCCCUCACUGUACAUCAGAGAAUUCAUACAGGAGAAAAACCGUAUGGGUGUAACGUCUGUGAGAAAGCCUUCAGCCACCGGGGCUCCCUUACUCUCCAUCAAAGAGUCCAUACUGGAGAGAAACCCUAUGCAUGCAGGGAAUGUGGGAAGGCUUUUCGGCAGAGCACACACCUUGCUCAUCAUCAGAGAGUGCAUACUGGAGAGAAACCUUAUGAAUGUAAGGACUGCAGCAAAACUUUCAGCCAGAAUGCACAUCUUGCACAACAUCAGAAAAUACAUACUGGAGAGAAACCUUUUGAAUGUCAGGAAUGUGGAAAGGCCUUCAGUCAGGUUGCACACCUUGUUCAGCACCAGAGAGUUCAUACUGGUGAGAAGCCCUAUGAAUGUACUGAAUGUGGGAAGGCCUUUAGUGAUGGUUCAUAUCUUGUUCAACAUCAGAGACUCCACACUGGCAGAAGACCCUAUGAGUGUCCUGAAUGUGGGAAGGCAUUCAGACAGAGGGCAUCUCUGAUUUGUCAUCAAAGAUGUCACACGGGAGAGAAACCUUAUGAAUGUAAUGUUUGUGGGAAAGCUUUUAGCCAUCGUAAAUCCCUCACCCUGCAUCAGAGAAUUCACACGGGAGAGAAACCUUACGAGUGUAAGGAGUGUAGCAAAGCCUUCAGCCAGGUUGCCCAUCUUACACUCCAUAAGAGAGUUCAUACUGGAGAAAGGCCCUACAAAUGUAAAGAAUGUGGAAAAUCCUUCCGGCAGAGUGUCCAUCUUGCUCAUCACCUGCAGAUUCAUACUGGGGAGUCAGCCUCAAUUCCCUCCUUCCUUUCCUGCCACGAAGUCCUAUAGAUUACUCUUCUCCGUGCCUCUGAAGUCAGUCCACUUUUCUCCUGCCUGUGUCCCAUCAUCAGUCUUAAGAUGGAUUUCUGCAGUAGUAUAACUGUUACUCCUCUUGUUCCUCCCAAGUGCAUUUUAACACUGUAGCCAUUUAACAUUUUAAAAAUAAAAGUAUACACAUAUAUAUACACACACA